UUCCUCAAAACUAGCUUCAUGGCUAAAUAUCUCAGAUAACACAGUGGCAAACUUUGCCUCAGACAGCGGGCGGGUACGCAUUUAUCAUUAAAGCUGAACCUUUCAUUUGGUUAUGUCUUGACUCCGGUGUUGGCGGUGACUGAGCUCAGCGGUUAACGUUUUUAAAUGUCCGCAUCACUUAACGCAAGUGUUUUGGACUGAGCAGGAUGCUAGCUUUUGUCGUGAGCAAACCACAGCAGGAAAUUAGCUCGUUAAGCUAGCUUAGACAGCUAGCCAAGUGUUACUAUGAGGCUUAAUUUUGCCUCUCUAUGCUUAUACUCGAUUUAAAUAACCUCUUCGCAAUGGACACCGAGGCAAUAGUUAUCCGUAUAAAAACGCCGUCAGGGGACAUGGACUCGUCCGUCGACUGUCCAUCUCUUCUGAACUUCAAUGACUUGUUGGCCGCCAUCAGAGAAGUCAUGCCUGAGGCCACUGUCACAGCCUUUGAAUAUGAAGAUGAGGUGGGAGACAGAAUCACUGUAAGAAGUGAUGAAGAACUUAAAGCCAUGCUGUCAUAUUACUGCAAUACAAUGAAUGAACAACGCAUGAACGGACUGCUGCCGGACCCUCUCCAGAUUUUUCCAAGAGCCGGCAAGACUCCAGGGAUCCGGAACAUACAUGGCCUCAAGGUUAAUACCAGACCUAACCCAGCCAAUGACUGCACUCAUGCUGUCCCAGACUCCAUGGCCAACAACAGCUUAAAAAAAUCAUCCGCUGAGCUGAAAAGGAUCUUGACAAAUGGGCAGAUAAAUGCCCAAGAUAUCCACUAUCAAGAGCAGCUCGGCCAUGGAAAUGGGGGCACAGUUUACAAAGCGUACCAUGUUCACGGCAAGAGGGUUUUAGCUGUCAAGGUCAUCCCACUGGAUAUCACGGUGGAAUUACAGAAGCAGAUCAUGUCAGAAUUAGAAAUUCUCUACAAGUGUGAUUCACCCUACAUCAUCACAUUCUUCAGUGCCUUUUUUGUUGAGAACCGGAUAUCCAUAUGCACAGAAUUCAUGGACGGUGGUUCUUUGGACGUGUACAAAAGAAUUCCAGAGCCUGUGCUGGGCAGAAUCGCAGUGGCAGUAGUCAAAGGCCUGACAUAUCUGUGGAGCCUGAAGAUACUUCACAGAGAUGUCAAGCCUUCCAAUAUGCUGGUGAACACCCGAGGACAAGUCAAGCUCUGUGACUUUGGUGUCAGCACACAGUUGGUGAAUUCUAUUGCCAAAACGUAUGUGGGAACUAACGCAUACAUGGCGCCGGAAAGGAUAUCGGGAGAACAGUAUGGUAUUCAUGCGGAUGUCUGGAGCGUGGGAAUCUCUUUUAUGGAGCUGGCGCUGGGUAUGUUCCCCUAUCCACAGAUUCAGAAAAAUCAAGGAUCUUUAAUGCCUCUCCAGUUACUGCAAUGCAUCGUUGAUGAGGAUCCUCCAGUUCUUCCCGUCGAGCAGUUCAGUGAAAAGUUUGUUCACUUCAUCACGCAGUGUAUGCGGCGGCAACCCAAAGAGAGGCCUGCCCCUAAUAACCUCAUGGAUCAUUCCUUCAUCAUACAGUAUAAUGAUGGUAAUGCAGAGGUGGUGUCGAUGUGGGUUUGUCGCUGCUUGGAGGAGAGACGAGUUCAGCAGGCUCAAGGACGUGUCUGAUGCCCUUGAUGGACCUGGACGUUUGAUCCCAAACCUUGGACGCUUAUCAGAGUCUUCAGGAUCAAGUACGUCCAUAUGCACUGUAGAAGCGACUUAACGUUCAAUGGACGAAAAUCACUAGAUGUUAAAUACUUAAUGUGAGCGGUUCUUUACUUAACUGCACUCAUGCGCCGCGACAAUGAGGAGCUCACAUCCUUUCAACUGAAUAUUAAUCUCUGCAUCCAGAGAUCUGUGCUUUCUUUCCAAUGUGGGUCUCCAUCCGCAGCUUCGCCCCCGCAUUUUUUUUUUUUUUUUUUUUGGGGGGGGGGGGGGGGGGGGGGGGGAUUUUCAGAAAUGCAGUGAGCAUCGCGGUCUGAUGAGUGGAGAUAAAUGGUCCUGAUUUAAAGGAUCAGUGACAGUAAACUACUUAAAAGCAUAAGACUGCAGUACGCUGGCAGAGUUGUGAUCUGUCUCUAGGAUGGCGUCUCUAAUAACCAUCUUGUGCUUUGCUGUUGACAGCCCUCUAGUGAAUGUUAAGGUUUUUACCUGUGAGUAACUGCCCAUGUGUGUGCCUGUUUUUCCACUGGUGUAAUUUAUUACCUCAGCAGAAGUAUGUUGAUAGCAAGAUUUCUCCCCCAAAAAACGCACCUGUUUUCAGCUACUGGAGUCGAGCAUUUAUCGCCAGUUAUUCUCAAGCCUUGCGAGGUUGUGGGUUUACUGAACAGACGACAAGGAGCCUGCAGUACCAGCGAGUCUGAAGCAGCACUGCAGUGUUACAGAGUGGAAUGAAAUAUCGACACAUGCAUUCUUGAUUCUCAAGCUCACUGACCAAACAGUUUAUUGUCCGCAGUCAUGAGGGGGAACCAAGGUUUAUUUCUUUUUAAACCAGUUUUUAACUCGGUUGCAUAUCUUUUAUUUCCGUCUGCACAGUCAUGCCUGACAUUGAAUGCCGCUGAAUGAACUGUUGGAGAGGAAAUUGUGCUGAAGCAGAUCUCCGCUUUCAUUCAGCAUCUAUUUGUUUAUUUUUUUGUUUGUUUGUUUUUUUUUUUUAAACCAUAAAGAAUAAGUGAAACCACAGACGAUUGGAAGCAUCACAGGAACCGUAACUCUUCCUCCCCUUAUAAGCCAACACUUUGUUUCAUUUGAAGUUAUUAUUUAAUCCACAUUAUCAGCAGUAGUACAUCUUUUAUGUACUAUACAGAAAUUAUACUAUUUUAUUGGAUUGCCCAGUGAGAUCAUAUAUUGUAGAGGGAAAACAUUUGUGGAGUGCACAUAACACCAAAGACCACUGGCGAGCCAAAUGGCGAAUAAUAUGGAUUUCUCAUGACUGAGGCAAACAUAAUGGGUUAAGUGACUAAAAUGAGUUGCUUUGACAAGGUGUUUACGUGCAGCUAGUGAGAUGUGUAGAGUGCUCAAGUGCAAUUAAAUGCCAUUACUUCCACAAAGGCACAGUAAACAGAGCCUACAGUGACGCAUGUACAGUGUGAGCAUCGCUGAAAAAGAAUGUAACAGCAGCACAUUAACGCAGAAAAAAAAAAAAAAAAGCUUAAAGCGCCAUUUUACUACACGCGUGAUGUGUAGUUUCUUCAGUAGCCUGUUAGCUGUGGUUUUAUCCUCUGUUACCGUGAGGAGACACAGGUGGGAAAUUUCUCUGAUCUCUGGCCUUUAACUGUAAAUCUUUAGAAACUGAGAACACAUUUGUCGCCCAAAAGCAUGUGCUCCAUCAUGUUGUUCAGAAUUUAUUUCUGACGUAGGCUUUUUUUAUUUAGCAUUUACUCUGCUUUUGAACUGACCCUGCUCCGCAACGGAAAUGGAAAAAGAAAAAAAUAAAGGAAAAAUGUGUGGGCAUAUUCCAAGCUCCAUACUACAUACUAAUAAAAAGCAUGUUUUGGGCAUGUAAUGCACAUAUGUAUGCAUACAAAAUUUAGUAUAUUACAAAAUGCAAGUACUCAUAAAAUUGGCCAGAGUUCUUUUAACCUCAGUGGAGUUGUAGGACACUGUUGUCUUUCAUCUCUCUGUGAAUUUAAUAAGUGAUCCCAGGCUACGUUAAAUUACGCAAGUUACGUCCAACAGUUUAUUAUUUUUAAUAAAUGUUGCUUAUUUCAAUGCACUCGGUUGUGUGUUACAGCAGGUGGGGUACAGUUUGCGAGGUCAGCCCUUUCAGAUGCAGUGUCUAUGUGUGUUAACAGCACCCAGCAGAGGAGCCUCGUGUCGUUGUCUCUCACAUAUUUGCAAGUUUGAUUAGUGCCAUUUAUUUGUCUCAGAAACCUGAAAAUGUGGCACAGCCUUUUUUUUUACUUUAAUGUACAUAAAUUACACUUUAGGGGAAGGCAUCUGUGCAAGAUGUUCAUUUUAUUAUUAGUCUGAUAACUGAUGAAACUCAAAAUUUAAAGAUUUUUCUGUUACUGAAAUACGUCAGCGUGGAUUUACCAACAGUUUCACAAUGAAUAGAACGCAUACUCUGCAUAUUACUAAAUAUAUUGUUAGUUAUAUUCAUCUGUCACUUUGGGUAAGUCAGAUUCUAUCGUACUGUUAAUCUGUGAGACAGACAUUCAGUUGGCCUUAAAUGUAACUGAAGCUAUAAAUACUUUGCAGUCUGUUAAAACUAGUAAAUGAGUGUAAAAUAAAGAGAGUGAUGAACACUCUGAAAAAUGCUUAUGUAGUCUCGCAACCAAACUGAAAAGAAAAAAAAAAAUCAUAUUUCUGAAUAGAUGUAUUAAAAGCUCCAAAAGCUCAGACGCAUUUUUUUUCUUUGUUUGGCAACGUGCUCAUUGACUGUGAUAUUUGAAUAUGAAUCUGCAGUGUCAGUGGGAAUAUUUAUUUAUUUUUUAAACUUUUUUUUUUUUUACCUACAACAGAGAUCGCCUCUCGUGAUUAUGUUAUUUUACCUGUUUUUGCCUAAACCACAAAGCAUUAAGCCAGUGAUGGGACUCAGCUGAAAUAUUAGUGCUGUGAUGUUACUGGCUGAUUAUGGCCUUUUUCUGUAAUUAUAUGUGUUGGCACAUAUUCCAACCCGCACAAAUGAAAUAAAAUGUAUUUAAACAUAA